AUGGCUUCCCAACUUCACCCCGCAGUCACCGUUUCUAAUAUCCGUACCCUUAUUCCCGUCACCCUGGAUAUUGAAACCGGCCAUUACACAACGUGGUUGCAAUUGUUCAAAAUCCAGUGUAAAUCUUUUCAAGUGUAUGAUCACCUCCAGCCUCGUGAAACGCCUGCUACUUCGUCAUCGGACAAAGACAAAGACAAAGACAAAGACAAAGAACAAGCACCGGCUGAAACCUGGGAACGUUUGGAUUCGAUAGUUCUGCAAUGGAUUUACGGUACAAUUUCUUCUGAUCUCCUACAUACCAUUCUGAAACCCAACACAACUGCUUAUGACGCUUGGACCGCACUCGCAAAUUUGUUCCAAGACAAUAAAGCUUCUCGAAUAAUCGACUUAAAUAACCGAUUCGCCAGUACUCGCCUCGAUUAG